AUGGAAGUUUAUAUUAAUGUUUAUGAUAUUUAUCUGCGUGGAUUUCUAUCGAACAUGGCCUGGAGCUGUGGAACGGGCGUGUACCACUCUGGUUUUGUCAUUGAUGAUAAAGAGUUUGCAUAUGGAGCACAUGAAAUCCCAGACAAGACCGGUGUCUUUAUCCUCCCACCCAAGACCGAGCUGGAGAACCUUACGUGGCGCUGUCGAAUCGAUUUACCUCCUUGUGAGCUGCCUCGAGAAACCGUCACGCAAAUCAUCGCUCAACUGUGUGAGGAGUUCCAAGGAACAGCGUACUCGUUGCUUGAGCGCAAUUGCAACCACUUCACGGAUGCCAUGGCAUUUGCGUUGACUGGACAGCACGUUCCAUCCUAUCUAAAUCGCGUGGCUCGGAUUGGCGUUAAGCAUCCACAACUUACCAAGGCAGUUUUAGACUUCAAGGUUUGGCUAGACUCGAAACAAAACGACGAAUCCGAUUCAGAUGACGAUGAAAUUGUACUUAUUCCCAGUGCGUCCCGACGAAAACUUGCUCGUCUCUCGACGAUCCAAAGUGUUCCUCGUGCCCACACGAGACAUCUACGCACAAGCUCUAAUAGCCUUUGGAAGGAAAACUAA